GUUUGUCAUUACAGUCAGGCGUCCGGAGUUUCAAGAAAGAGGGAGAGAAAGAGAGGGGAGAAAAAAAAACAACAUCCAUUAGAAGAAGUUAAGAGAAAUUGACGAUGUGACCAGUAGGGAGAGACAGUGAGGUGUCUGUAGAACGUCGUAGCGCAUCGGUCCGAACGGAAACCUAUCUAUCACUGGAUUCCGAACGAGGGAGAUAAAACGCAUAUCCAUGUACCGAAAGGAGGGCUCGGGGAUGCUUGUGCUGUCGCUCCUGGCAGCUUUGCAGAUCUCCGCAGAUGCAAGAGGAGCCCCUCUGUGCAAACCCGGAUUUACAGAGGAUAUGUACAGCGCAGCCGUCUCUGGGGGUCUGACGGAGGGACAGCCUCUUCUCUAUGUGAGGUUCAUCGACUGCGGCAAGAACGGGCGGGUGCAGUUCGAGAUCAGCGACCCCGCCGACUUCCGGAUAGGGGCCGACGGGCUGGUGUAUGCCGCCAGGAGCCUCCAGAUCUCUGCCGUGCAGACCACCCUGCUGGAGAUCAAAGCUCAGGACGUGGACACCCGGGAGAGAUGGCACACGGAAGUGAGGCUCACCCCUGCGGCCGGUGACAGUCAGCAGGAUGGGAAGGAGAGUGGAGGACUGGCUGUUCCCCGGCGGGUGCAGGAGAUUCUGUUUCCACGGCAGCAGGCAGACAGCAACGGCCUCCUGAAACGCAUGAAGAGAGACUGGGUCAUCCCCCCCAUCAACGUGCCUGAGAAUUCAAGGGGCCCCUUUCCCCAGGAGCUCGUCAGAAUCCGGUCGGAUCACGAUAAAUCCCGCUCCCUCAGAUACAGCGUCACGGGCCCUGGCGCCGACCAACCCCCCACCGGGAUCUUCAUCAUCAACCCCAUUUCCGGAGAGCUGUCCGUGACCAAGCCCCUGGACCGCGAGCAGAUAUCCAACUUUCACCUGAGGGCCCACGCCGUGGACCUGAACGGCAACCAGGUGGAGAACCCCAUCGACAUCGUCAUCAACGUCAUUGACAUGAACGACAACCGGCCCGAGUUUGUACACCAGAUCUGGAAUGGAACGGUGCCCGAGGGAUCAAAACCAGGGACCUUCGUAAUGACAGUCACAGCGAUGGACAAGGAUGACCCCAAAACUGCCAAUGGAAUGCUACGAUACAAAAUCCUGUCCCAGAACCCCGAAAGCCCCACAUCCAACAUGUUCACCAUCAACAACCAGACCGGAGGCAUUAUCACUGUGGCAGCAGGGCUUGACAGAGAGAAAGUGCCACAGUACACCUUAAUAAUCCAGGCCACCGACAUGGAGGGGAACCCGAUGUACGGCCUGUCGAACACGGCGACCGCCGUCAUCAAGGUCACGGACGUCAACGACAACCCACCCGAGUUCACGGCUGAAACGUUCUACGGUGAAGUUCCUGAGAACCGAGUGAACGUCAUCGUCACCAACCUGACGGUGACAGACAAAGACCAGCCCAACACCCCGGCGUGGAACGCGGUUUACAAGAUCACCGGGGGUGACCCCACGGGCCGCUUCUCCAUCCCCACCGACCCCACCACUAACGAGGGGCUCGUCACCGUCGUCAAGCCGAUCGACUACGAGAUCAGCAGGACGUUUGUGCUGACCGUGGUGGCCGAGAACGAGGCCCCCCUGGACAACCGAAUCCAUCUCCCCCGUCAAUCCACGGCCACCGUCUCCAUUAAAGUUAUUGACGUGAACGAGAGUCCUUACUUCGAGCCCAACCCCAAACUCAUCAAACUGGAGGAAGGUCUGCCGGCGGAAUCGAUGCUAACGACCUUUACCGCCCAGGACCCGGACCGCUACAUGCAGCAGACAAUAAGGUACUCUAAACUGUCAGAUCCAGCAAACUGGCUGAGAAUCGAUCCUGUGAACGGGCAGAUUUCGACGAUCGCCAUGCUGGACAGGGAAUCACCUGAAGUGAAGAACAACAUGUACGUCGCCACCUUCCUGGCCUCAGACAGCGGUGUCCCUCCGGCGAGCGGGACCGGCACUCUGCAGAUACUCCUGCUGGAUAUCAACGACAACGCCCCCCACGUGUACCCCCCGGAGGUGGAGAUCUGCGAGAAGCCCGAGGUCAACGCCAUCAACAUCACCGCCAUCGACGGAGACCUCAACCCCAACGCUGGCCCCUUCGCCUUCGAGCUGCCCUCCAAGCCCGCCGAUGUCAAGAAGAACUGGACCAUCACCCGUUUGAGCGGUGACUUCGCCCAGCUGAGCCUGAACCUCCCCUUCCUGGAGAGCGGGAUAUACGAAGUCCCCAUCAUCGUCAGCGACUCGGGCAACCUGCCCAUGUCCAACACGUCCUACCUGCGGGUGAAGGUGUGCCAGUGCGACCACAACGGGGACUGCACCGACGUGCAGCGCAUCAUGGCGGCCGGCCUGGGCACCGGCGCCAUCAUCUCCAUCCUGCUCUGCAUCAUUAUCCUGCUCAUCCUGGUGCUGCUCUUUGUGGUGUGGAUGAAGCGCCGCGAUAAGGAGAGGCAGGCCAAGCAGCUGCUGAUCGACCCCGAGGACGACGUGCGGGACAACAUCCUGAAAUACGAUGAGGAAGGGGGCGGAGAAGAGGACCAGGAUUACGACCUGAGCCAGCUCCAGCAGCCUGACACGGUGGAGCCGGAUGGCAUCAAGCCCGUGGGUAUCCGUCGCCGCGACGAGAGACCCAUCCACCCCGAGCCCCAGUACCCGGUGCGGUCUGCCGCGCCCCACCCCGGUGACAUCGGCGACUUCAUUAAUGAGGGACUUAAGGCUGCAGACAACGACCCGACGGCGCCGCCCUACGACUCCCUGCUGGUGUUUGACUACGAGGGCAGCGGCUCUACCGCCGGCUCCUUGAGCUCGCUCAACUCCUCCAGCAGCGGGGGCGACCAGGACUACGAUUACCUCAACGACUGGGGGCCACGGUUUAAGAAACUGGCGGACAUGUACGGCGGAAGCGACGACUAAUUUAACAAAAAAAACAAAAAAAAAAGAGAGGAAAAAAAAAC